AUGUCUUCCAAGAUAGUCAUCAUUGGUGCUGGAUUUGCCGGAGUCUGGAGUGCACUCUCAGCAAAGCGUCUCAUCACCUGCAGGAGCAAGGAGAGUGAGGUCGAGAUCAUCGUCAUCGCUCCCGAGCCAGUUUUAGUCAUGCGCCCACGACUCUAUGAGUCCAAGGCCUCUAGUUUGAUUCAUCCUCUAGAGACCCUCUUUGAAGAGGCCGGCAUAAGGUUCGUGCCUGGGGUCGUCAAGACCAUUCACACCGAAAGGCGCGCUGUUGAAGUCCAAUGUGCUUCAGGGUUCGAAUCGACUAUCGACUACGACCGCCUCAUCCUUGCUGCUGGGAGUUCCGUCGUACGACCUCAGGGCGUCGCAGGCAUUCGCCAACAUGCUUUCGAUAUCGAUUCUCUGAACUCCGCUGUCAAGCUUGAAUCUCAUCUCAAUGGUCUUGCUUCACUUCCGGCAAGCCCUGGUCGCGAUACGGUAGUCGUGUGCGGUGCCGGCUUCACAGGUAUCGAGCUGGCCGCUGAGCUGCCUAGACGGCUUGGCCACAUUGCCAACGCUCGCGUGAUCUUGAUCAGAAACGCAGAUGAAGUUGGGCCCGAUUUCGGAUCCAGCCCUCGCUCCACAAUCACACAAGCGCUGAAAGACCUUGGCGUUGAGGUUAGGCUCGGAUCCGGAGUAAAGGCAGUUGAUCCGGAUGGCGUCACUCUGGCAUCUGGCGAGCGUAUUCAAACAAAAACUGCGAUCUGGACUGCCGGCGUGAGGGCUACACCGUUGACACAGCAGAUCCCGGGGCCCAAAGACGCUUUAGCUCGCCUUUAUGUCGACCAGUAUCUUCGCGUUUCGUCCGUUGACGGUGUCUUUGCUACAGGUGACGCCGCCUGUGCACUGGCCGAUGGCAAAAAUCAAUAUUCGUUAAUGUGCUGUCAGCACGCGCUUCAGCUUGGUCGUGUUUCAGGGUACAAUGCCGCAGCGGAACUUCUUGGUGAGCGCCUCAUGGGGUACACCCAGGCUGCAUAUAACUGCUGUCUUGAUCUCGGAUCUUGGGGCGCCCUAGUCACUGCUGGCUGGGAGAGAGAAAAUAUCAAAAUUUCUGGAGAUAUAGCAAAGCGAGUGAAGUGCUAUAUCAACCAACAGUUGAUAUACCCCCCUACCGAUGCCCAUCAAGCACUCGCAUUCGCUGACCCUGUUGGCCCCGAUUCUGACCAGCUGUUUGAACAUUUGGUUCGCGUGGUCGGAUAG